AUGGCUACAGCACCAUUUGUGGUCCCUGCUUUGAAGAAGCAUUCUGCCACGGUUAUCAUGGCACAUGGCCUUGGUGAUAACGCUCCAUGGCUGACUGUUGAAUUGGUAGUGGUGCUGGGUGGUAUGCCAUUCUGCCAGUCUUUAGCUCAAGUCUACAAACCUGGUCCGGUUUUGACGGAAGUUAGGAUGAUGCUUGCGCAGAAUUGGCGGCGCCGUGGCAUGUUUGAUGAAGUUUCGUUCAUUUUCCCGAAUGCGCCUCCAAUUCCAAUUACAAUUAAUUUUGGGACGGUCAUGCCGGGCUGGUAUGAUAUUGCAACACUGUCGGUAACGGCGACACAGGAGGAGUUUGUGCAGCGGCAAGAUGAACCUGGAAUUCUAAAAUCACGCGAAUAUUUCAACUCUCUCAUCAAGGAGGAAAUGGACAAGGGAAUCAAAUCCUCCCGUAUCGUCCUCGGCGGCUUCUCACAGGGGGGAGCAAUGUCAUUGGUCACUGGGCUUACGUGCAAGGAUAAACUGGGGGCGAUAUUCGCACUUUCCAGUUAUUUACCUCUUUCGAACAAGAUUAAGGAAUUGCUUCCCGAGAACUGGCCGAAUGAAAAGACGCCUGUGUUCAUGGCACAUGGUGACAUAGACGCAGUCGUCAAGUUCGAACUGGGCCAAAAAUCGGCGGAGCACCUGAAGGAAAUGGGAAUGGAUGUUGAGUUCCACAAAUACCCGUAUGUUACUCCUAUUUCGAGCGUCAAACGUGCCUUAGCCCCGAUGCUGACGUCUCUUACAAAGCGGACUUGGACACUCGGGUGA